AUGGAGAGCAGCGGCGACCCCGGACUAUUUGGCAAGGCAGGCAUCGGGCCGGAGAUCCGCCGCGUCCACGACUGGGUUCCCGAGGGGAUGGAGUUGCGGUUUGCUUUCUUGAUGCACAUUAGAAGGGACCGGUACACGUUCGAUGCAAAGAAUCAGAAGAAAUACCAAGGAGGUUUUGAUUAUCGGUUGCCAAUGGCUAGUAAUUGGAGUUUCAGACAAUUCGGGGAGGUAAUUUGUAGCCAAUAUCCUUGGGGUUUGCUUGAUGAAGUGGUAUACAAAUACUAUGAUGGGGAAAAGAAAUGGGUGACAGUUAGUAAUGAUGAAGAGCUAGCUACCAUGUUUGUUAGGCAUAAAGAGAAAGAUAAUUUUCAUGUGAGGCUGCAAGUUGAUGUGCUUGAGCAGGCAUUUGGACCUAGGAUGACGGGUGCAACAUCUCGGGGAGAACCAAGUCGUCGUAAUGGCAUCUCUAGCCAGAACAGUUCAGUUGGUGCACGGCGACGUGGUGGCUCGACAAGUGUGGGCAACAACAGUAGGGUCCCCCUUGAAGUGGAGCCUGAUGACUACAAUUCCGGGGUUGAUGAAGAGAAGCUAUAUUCUGAUGUUAUUCGGAAUUUACGACGGGCACCUCGGGUUGAUAACCAAGAUGAGGCUCACAAUGCAGUCCAUGUGGAUGAUGACGCGGUGGGUGAGGACGAAGACCUUGCAGCUGUUGAAUGGGACCCUUUGAACCCUCAUAUGGAAGAAGGUAUAGUUUUUGCAUCCAUGAAUGAGUGUAGAAAUGCACUUGUGACAUACUGUGUCAAGGUAGAACGUACUUUCAAAGUUGACAAGAGCGAUCAAGAAUCAACCCUUAGGAAGGAUACAAUCAGUAGAGCCAAGUCAAGAUGGGUGGCAGAAGAAGUAAAGAAGUGGGUGAAAGAAAACCAACAAGUGAGUCCAAAGGAAUUGCAGAAGAACAUCAAAGAUAAAUUCAAGAUAGAUUUACCAUACAUGAGGUUGUUCAAUGGUAAACAACAUGCUAUGGAUUGUAUUUAUGGUAACUGGCAGGAAAGUUUUCAAUUGUUGUAUUCAUUCAAAGGUGAAGUGGAGAGGACAAGCCCAGGUAGUAUUGUAGAUAUUGAUCACCACACCGUGGAGUACACAUUCAGGGGAGUGACAAAGACCAAGGAAUGCUUUAGGAGGGUUUUUGUCUGCUUUGAGGCCUGUCGCUGGGGUUUUUUGGCAGGUUGCAGGCCUUAUUUGGCUAUUGAUGCCACUUUUCUCACAGGGAGGUUUAAAGGACAGUUAGUAGCAGCUUGUGCAGUUGAUGCACAUAGUUUUGUAUUUCCAGUUGCCUACGGUGUGCUGGAGACAGAGUCUGAGGAGAGCUGGACUUGGUUUUUGCAUAAUCUGCGACGGGCUAUUGCACAUCCCAAUGGGUUGGUCAUUCAUACAGAUGCCUGCAAAGGUUUAGAAGUGGCCGUGGACAAUGUGUUCCCUGGAGUAGAGCAUAGGGAAUGCAUGCGUCACCUUGCUGCAAAUUUCAUGAAGAAAUUCAAAGGAAAGGUGUAUACCGAUAAUUUAUGGCCAACAUCUUUGACUUGCAGUGUGAAGAAGCACAACUACCACUUGAGGCAGUUAUACAUGAAUCCCAAAGUGAAAGAAUACUUGGAAACACACCACUCCAAGUUAUGGGCCAGAAGCCAAUUCAGUGAACUGAGCAAAGUUGACUAUGUGCACAAUAAUCUAGCAGAGUCUUUCAACUCAACGAUCCGAAAACUAAAGGGUCAUUAUGUGGUGGAUUUGCUGGACAGGAUAAGGAUAGAAUACAUGCAGAAAUUUCAUUAUCGUGCAGGAAUAGCCGAGGCAAAAUUCAUGGGCCACAUUAUCAUCCCUGCCGUGAUGAAUGAACUGAAGCAGAAAACAACAGGCUUGGAAAUGAACAUGACUCUUUGCUCGGGAACCACAGCAGAGAUAUCAUAUUUGGAUAAAGAGAAGAGGGAAUGGAGAUAUCCAGUAUAUUUAGAAGCUAGAACUUGUAGCUGUAGGCAAUGGCAGAUAACUGGGUUGCCAUGCAUUCAUGUCUUGUUUUUCAUCACUUCUCUCCCAGGUCCAGCAGGGAACAUUCAGCAGUAUGUGCAUGAUUACUACUCUGUUGCAAGGUUCAAAGCCACAUAUGCUUAUGCCUUGCCUGCUAUGGAGGGAAAACAACAAUGGGACAUGGUGGACCCUGGAUUCAAGCUUUGCGCUCCAGUUCUGAAGACAGCAGCAGGUAGACCAAGGAAGAGUCAAAUCAGACCUCGCAGCGAAGGAGCUGGACUUGGAGCGAGGAAGCGUAAGUGCACAAGAUGUGGUGGGUCUGGUCAUUUUGGUAAGUAUUGUGAUAACACAGUAGAUCCAGCAUUCGGAGAGAGUUUCGAUGAAGGCUUCGAUGAAAAUGUUGGUCAGCAGCCGGUUGCCUCAACAUAUGAUGAAAAUGAUGGACAGCAGCCGGUUGCAUCAGAUGAGGAUUUUGACGAGCUCUAUGAUAGGUUUGAAGAAGGCGCACAAGGUACCGACAACCAAGAGGAGAAGAGAAGAAGCAAUGAGCACAAGGUGCACGAGGAGCAAAGUGAUGGCAAGAAGCUCAAGGAACAGACAGAAGCCCGAACGCUAUAUGUGAAUAAUUAUGAAACAUUAUGA